UGCUCUACUUUUGAAGCCCUUUCUGGUUUUGUAUGGAGAGCUCGUACUGAAGCCUUGAAGAUGAAACCUAAUCAACAAACCAAGCUUCUCUUUGCUGUUAAUGGACGGUCAAGAUUCGUUCCUCCAUUACCAGAAGGCUACUUUGGAAACGCCAUACUAUUCACACAUUCACUGUGUGAGGCUGGUGAGUUGCUGAAGAAUCCUCUAUCAUUCGCAGUUGGGUUGGUUCAGAAGGCCAUUGAUUUGGUUUCAGAUAGGUAUUUGAGAUCAGCUAUAGAUUACUUUGAGACGACAAGAGCGAGGCCUUCCUUAACAGCCACGCUUUUGAUUACAACUUGGACUAGGUUGUCUUUCCAGACCACAGAUUUUGGAUGGGGACAGCCUCUGUGUUCUGGGCCUGUCACCUUGCCUGAGAAAGAGGUUGCCUUGUUCCUCUCUCAUGGGGGAGAGAGGAAGAACAUAAAUGUUCUUCUGGGUUUGCGUGCUUCUGCCAUGGAAGAGUUUGAAGCCCUGAUGAGGCAGUUAUGAAAAUCUUUCAACGAUUAUUACUCAUUAAUUUGCUUUAUUUGUGUUCCACGUCCAAUAUGUUUAAUUAAUUAAUCCUAUGUCUGUGUCUGCUCUAUAAAUUAAUGUUCUGUUGAUAUUGUUGUUAAUUAUUGAGAAAUAAUCUUGUUCUUAAGUU